AAGAUUCCAGAUGCAGCAGGACACGCUCACCAAGCGCGUCUCAGAGUCGGAGCAUGCCCUGGAUGAGCAUGAGAGACAGACCAUUGCUAUGCAAAAAGAAAUCUCAGACAUCCGCAAGCAAGUGGAGUUCGACAGUGCGGCCCCUGCGAAGACAUUUGUCUCCCCUGGCUUCGAUCGUGAGAUUGAUCCGUCCCAAGUUGCCGUGGCGGCUACGAAGUUGGUUGGGCUCCGGGGCGCGCGCGAAGAGAUCGGCGCCUUCCUCGCCGAGCUCAACUUCCGCGAGGAUGACCGCGACAUCCGCGCUCUCAACCCCUUUCCCGCCAAGGAGUUUUCGAUCGCGUUCGAGGGUGCUGUUGGCGCGGCCCACCGCAAA